AAAAGAUUUCUAAGCUAAUGAUUGCCUUUGAUUCUGUUUCAACUGUAACAGCAAUCAAAACUAAGCUUACAGUAACCAUAGAACCAGAGUUUCAGCAUGUUUUUGAGGAUGGAGUAUAUGAUUGGUUAAGUGAGAACAGAAAGAGUUAUAUGCCUGAGCUAGGCGGUGUUCUUCUGGCCUGGGAUAUCUCUAAAAUCAAACUGAAAAGUCCAGGACUCCCGCCUUUUAAACCGGAAGUUAUCAUCAAGGGUGAGUUUACUAUCUUCAGACCAAAUCCCGGAGAAAGGUUGUGGGGUCGUGUUCUAGAGGUCAGGCCGGACCUGGUAAUCUGUAAAACCAACGAAGUACUAAUGGUGAAGGUUGAUACUAACCUUGUAACAGUUAAUCCUGGAGACAGUAUCACAUACACCUUCCACAGAUAUCAGAGAGAUGGAAAAGUUGGAAUUAUCUACGGAUCUGACCCACGUGUAGAACACAGCUGUAGUGAUCCUUGGAAUGACUCAACGGUAGCGAAGAACCCAAGCUCAGAUCAAGGAACUCCUGGACCUUCUUAUAGAAAGUCAGCGAUUACCCCUAAUAGAGCUGCCGCUGUAACUCCUAAUCAUGCAACCCCUAACCAUGCAACACCUAACCUUACGACCCCUAAACCUGCCAACCCUGAGGAAACCAAAACUCCGAUUAAACCUGCAAGUACAAAGAAGUCUGAAGCUUUAACAAAGAAGAUCCCGGAUUCUAAUAAACGAAAGGCCGAAUCAGAGAGUGCACCAAGCAAAAAGUUGAAGUGUUCCCCUGCCAUCCAGCCUCCUGCCUUUGCCGCCAUCCAGCCCCCUGCCGCCCCUGCCAACCAGCCUCGUGCCUCCGCCGCCAUCCUGCCCGCCGCCUCUCUUCAAGAUACUGCAGCUCCUGAGUUGGGGCCAGGUUGGGUGAGAAGAUACCAUAGAACCGCCAAGUCGUCCUGGAACACUUAUAUAUCACCUUCAGGAAAACAUUUCAAAUAUUUGAAAAUUGCCAAAGAGUUCCUCGAUCAGAUCACCUGGAAUCAUGAUGCUGCCCCGGCGGAGCUUUCUGAUGAUGUUCCUACCAAACUUGAUGUUAUAACUGUCACCAACACUGUUAUAUCAAGUUGGAAUAGAGGUUUGGAUAAUAAUCUGAAGAAUGUGCAAGUUGUUCAUGGUUCUGCUAAGUCUAAACCUAAACCCAGGAAGAAGGCGACUAAACCGGCUCAACCUCUUGCAGAAGAUAUUACGGAUGAGGCUGUUUCAAUGGUUGAGUUUAAGAUGGAGGAAGAGACCGAGGAUCAGGACCUGGAGGAACAGUGUCAGGAGGAAGAGUUUCAGGAGGAAGAGAUCGAGGAUCAGGAGAAGGAGGAAGAGAUCGAUCACAAAGAGGAACAGUACAAGGAGGAAGAGAUCGAGAUUAAGGAGGAACCGUACCAGGAGCAAGAGAUCGAGGAGCAAGGAGCAGAUGAACAAGAUGAUGGAACAGGAGGGUACAGUAGGUUACUGGACAAGAAACUAAACUCAAGAAAAGAAAGAAAAAGAGCCAAAAGAAGGACGAUUAUAAAUUAAAUACUUCCUUUGUCGCUUAAAGAAUUAUCCUGAGAGCUCCAGCAUAUAGGCGACCAGUUUUCAUUAUUUUUUAGCAAAUGUGACCCAUGAACCAUAAAGUCUCCCGUAUAGAUCCAGUUUGUCAAGAUUGAAGAAUUUUACGUUUGGUUUGUUCUCCGUCUGAUUGUCCUGGUUAGAAAACUUUGAUUUCUUCUUCAGGGGCGGAUACAGGUCUACAGGAGAUACGAAGACGGUGUAGUAAACCUCCUCUUUUAGGAAAUAUUGUUCAAAUAGGAGAUAAAUCAGGAAGCAGUUAACUUCUACUCGUGUUUGCUGUGUAACUGUCAGAGUAACAGAUUCGCCGACAGCUUAACAGCUGUUGCUUCUACGAGUAACAGCUUCCCCGGUGACAGACAGCUGAUGCUGAAUCUGUACAACUGUGAGAGUUAUACAGCUGCUACCCUGUGCUCGCUAUUUACCUAAUCUUAUGUACGGUUCUUGACAACUGAAGUACAUGUACUCCGUGCAUAGAUCUAUGUAUUCUGUGUACUAUGGAACCUGUUUCAGUACAAAACGUUCCUCUACUGAGUUCUAUAAAGAUGAUUGUUAUGAAUAUUUAAAUCUAUAAAACGGUGAUACUUUGACGUGAUAUAUUGAGAUAUCUUGUAUAUUUUUCUACUAUCCCAUAUAUACUAUCAGAAGGACCCAGGGGAUGAAAAAAGAAGCCCACCAGUGCCAUUUUUAUAGUAAACGGCUUAUUUCACCCCUUGGUCUCCUGAAUCUGGAUUUAAGGGGGGCAAGUAAUUUGUUUCCAGUAGAAAUAAAACUGGUUUAAGUCCAGUAGAAAUAAAACUGCUUUAAGUCCAGAAGUUGUUGUUGUUGUUCACUCACGUUAAAACUUAAGAAAAUUUAAAGAACCAAAUCUGCCGAAUUUAUUAAAUAAAAAGUUUUUGAUGAUCAAUUUGAGGCCAAACCUUCUCUCUCAUGGCAGCAGAAUUCUAGCAACCUAUCAUCCUGUUUACAAUUUCAAAGAUUAAAACGAAUAUCUGACAAAAUAAUGAUUUUCUAAAAAGAUAUCUCAUAGCAGUAGCCAGAGCACAGAAUAGCAUUAAAAUAAUUUUAGUGGAUUUUUGUCUUUUUAAUCAAAAGCAUGUUGAAAAUUCGUAAUUUGACGUGGAAUCAUCUGCGACUACAUAUUCACUCAUAAAAUAUAAACUUAUUUAAUCACCAAAAAUAAAACUAAUUUUUUAAAAAUUAAAAUGAAAAAAUCUACAAAAAAAGCUUAGUCACGGAUGAACAAAACCCCAUUUAAUGUUUAAAUUCGCCAUAGUUUUAACCAGUUGACGGUUUAAUUAUUUUUUGAAAAUUGAUCUAUUCCUCGCACUUAAUCAAUCAAUCAAGUAUCUUAGAGAUCACUGAUUAAUAUUGGUAAUUCCAGGUUGUUGAUCAUGUGCAGGAAAGUUAGUGUGUGCUGUGCGAUAUUAUGAUAUCCUGUAUCCUAAAUUGAAUUUUUGUAUCCUAAAUUGAAUUUUUGUAUCCUCAAUUGGAUUUUGUAUCCUUGGAUUCGAUAUUUACACUUUCAGCCGCAGGAUUGUAACCAUGUAUCCAUGUAUUCAUGUAUACUGGUAUAGCUGAAUACUAAUGAAAGAUUUGGAUAUUUGAGACUUAUCAAGCUUCAUAUUUGUGUGUUUAAAAAAUUCUAAAAAAAAUAGCUAUACCUUAUAUUAUGUAUGUAUCAAAGAGAAAGGUUUGAAAUAAUUUUUUUUUAAAUAUUUGAUUUGAAAAUGAGCACCACCAGUUAAUAUUGUAAUCAUGAAAAAUUGUUAAUAUCUGAAUAAAAUCUGACGCAGUGGA